AAAUAAGCUACGAUUUUCUUGUCUGCUGCUUGUCCUUCAACAGAUGUGCACUUGGCCCGUGUGAUGUCAACCAUUAAGGUAGCCAAACCAGACACUGAAUUCCGCUUUGUUGGAAUCGGAGGUCCUUAAAUGGGCCAUGAGGGAUUAGAAACAAUUGGAGUAGAUUAUCACGAAUUCCAAUACAAACCAUUCUUCCCCUUCAGAAAUUUCUACAGAUUGGCUACUGAGAAUGCAAUGCAUCCAGUCCAUAUGUACAAGAGAUGGAUCAAUAAAAAGGUUUUGAAUAAACUUGAUAAGUAAUACUUCGAAAUCGUUUAACAUUACCAACCAUCAGCAUUCUUGAAUUUCGAAAAUGAAUUCUUCAUGAUUCAAUUCUACAAGAAAUUAAGAGACUCCUAUCGUCACUUCAAUCGCAUUUGUCCUCCCACAUUCCAAUAUGGUUUGACCCAUAAAGAUUAACCUCAAUAUGGUUAAAAGUACGUAGAUCAUUGGUUCACCAGAACCCCAUUGAGACAAAGCAAUUGGGAGAAAUUCACCUUCCCUCACACACAAGUUGGACCAGAUGGACUUUAUAGAGCAUUCAGACAUCUCCUGUCCAACAGUCCUCAAUACAAGGAUUUAGUCACAAAUGAUACCAUCUAUCUCCCAGGAGGUGAAUUCUUCAGAUUUGAUGACUUCCUUGCCGAUAGAGUCAAUGAAUAAAGAAAGAAAUAUAGAUAAUAAUAAAACAUUGGAGAUCAGGAAUUACUCAUUUUUGUUGCAGGUGGUAAUACAUCCAAAGAAAUACCAUUCUGUCUCAAAACUGUAGCUGAGGGUAUCUCAAGAUUCCUCAAACUUGAUGAAAUGAAGAACUACCCAGCUGAUCAAAUCAAAAUCAUAGUGUCAGUCCCAGAGUUUGUUGAACACAAAGACAAAACCAUCAAAGCUAUCAAUUCCUUAAAAUGGCCUGCCAAAGUCAUCCAAGUCGAAACUGAAUCUGAAAAAUUCUCAGCCCUUGCUGCCUCUGAUAUUGGCUUAGCUUGCAAUGGAUAAAUUGUUGCUGAAUGUGCUGCAUUCCAAUUACCAACUAUCAUCCUUGAUCCAAAACCAACUAUCCAAAUGUAUUACACUUCCCUCUACAAUAGCAUCGAUAAUGACCUCAACAUUGCAUACAAUGGAAUCGUCUAUCCAGAAUUGGUCAUGUCCACAAUCCCAAAUAAAAUUGCUUACUCUUUAUUAGAACAUUAUUAAGAUCCAAAACUCAGAUAUUUCUAUGCAAAAUAAUAUGCUCCAGUCUUACAAAAGACCUUAGCCAAAAGUCAAUCUGCAGUCCCCACAGAAUUAGCAAAUAGAUUCAAUAGUGUCUAAUUAACUGGCUACAGUUCUGCCUAUCAAGUCAUUGCCAAUACAGUCUUGAAAGCAGCUCAAGUCUAUGAACACAUCCACUCCUAAAGCAAUUUUACUACUUAGUAAAAUGAAAACUUAAGAAUUGAAGCUUUGUAAGGUUUGGGAUGGGCUAAAGGAUUAUGAAAAAAUGGUCACAUUUAUAAAUCAAAAUAAUAUAAUAUAUAUUAUAUUUCA